UUUGGCUGAGUGAAAAUUGUCGGGAAAACUGUCUCAGUCUAGUCGGCUUUCUAGAAGAAAAGAGAGGGAGAGAUCGCGAUCGAACGUAUACGUAAUACGCCCACAUUACGUAUACGCAACAUAAUGCUUUGCCGACAAGAUUGCGAGAAAAUGUUGGAAAAUGCUCAAAGGUGUGCCGAAAAAGCUAAUCUAAUAGACUUUAGUGUCGUCAGAGACCUCAGUGCAAUCGGUUAUCUGGGGGAUUACUAUGCACUAACUUUAAGAUAUUGCUAUGAGAAAGACGAAGUCGUGAGGGAAAUGCAACUCUUUGUGAAGGCUUUGCCACAGCAAAGUGCUGAAGUUUCCAAAGAGCAAAUUUUUGAAAAAGAAGCCUGGCUUUACGACACUCUUUUAAAGAAAAUGCAGUCACUUUCUAACAUAAAAUGGUGUCCUGAUUGCGUUUACACUCGAAAUGAUUUAAUAGUCCUGGAAAACAUCAAACUGAAAGGUUUCAGAGCAGCUGAGUCUACAGAACUUGAUGAAGUGAAUUUGGAUCAAUUGAUAAAAUCAAUGGCAUCGUUUCAUGCUGCUAGUUUGGUGUGCGAACAUCAAACCGAAACCAAAAUAGUGCAGGCCUAUGGGGAUCGUUUGAUAGAGGUCUCUGUAGCCCCGGAAAUAGCCUGGUUUACCACAGGACUCUUAGCUGUUCUGGCUGCCGUACGAAGUCUUCCCCAAUAUCAGGGUAAUAGGGAACUAUCUUUUAUUGAUAACAAACUUCUUUCUAUUAUGCAAGAAAUCUACGAGCAAGCUGCUCCAUCGAAGAAGUUUAGAAAUGUCCUUUGCCAUCGAGAUCUUUGGGCGGGUAAUAUUCUUUUUCCUCCAGAAAAAUCUGAACCCGCUUUACUAAUAGAUUUUCAAACCUGUCGCUACAAUCCGCCAGCAUUAGAUUUAAAUUAUAGCCUUCAUAUGAAUCUAAGUUCAAAGAAUCGCAAGAAAAUGGAAGGGAAAUGCAUUGAUUUAUACCACAAUUAUUUGUUGCAAAAUCUCUGCGAUUUUAACCUAAAAGAUUUAGUGAUUGAAAAGUCAGAGCUUCUUCAUUCCUACGAAGAAUUUCGUUUAUUUGGAGUGAUCUAUAGAGCUGUUGCUGCCACGGUUGUAAAAGUUCCUAUUGAAUUUGUGACGAAUGAAUUCAAGUAUGUGGAUCGCAGAAAAGUGAUCCUAUCCUAUAUGAAAACCAACGAGAAUUUUAGAGCCUACAUGGAGGAGUGCUGUGUGGAUGUCAUGGAAAUGGCCUUAACCAGGGCCAACAUGUGAUGAAAUCUAGUAUCGCAAGACCGCCGAUAAGGAAGAGUUCCAUGAGCUGCUCAAUAAAGCGAUAAGAAGUCAUUGUAAAUAAAACUAAAAUAAUAAAAAAUUUUAAGCUGCACCCAAA